CCCAGAAACUACGCAUUGCUGUGGUUGGGGCAGGGCCAGCUGGUCUGGCAUUCAGUACAACGGCAGCGGAACGGGGCCAUGACGUCACACUCAUGGACAGCGCGAAGGAAAUUGGCGGACAGUUCAACAUGGCGAAGAUUAUUCCGGGCAAGGAGGA